GAAUUACGCUGUGCCAUCUGGUACCAAAAUUCGGUGAUCCAUACAAUAACCGGGGUAGCACACAUGGGGACGUUAUAGCUAAGUCUAUUCAAGGUGAAAUCGAGCAGGCUGUUGGCGGCAUCGCGCAGGCUGUUGGCGGCAUNGUGAGAAUUACGCUGUGCCAUCUGGUACCAAAAUUCGGUGAUCCAUACAAUAACCGGGGUAGCACACAUGGGGACGUUAUAGCUAAGUCUAUUCAAGGUGAAAUCGAGCAGGCUGUUGGCGGCAUCGCGCAGGCUGUUGGCGGCAUUGAGCAGGCUGUUGGCGGCAUCGAGCAGGCUGUUGGCGACAUCGAACAAACCGGUCUUCUGGAAAAACUUCGCACUAUUGUUUCUCAUAUUGUUGGUGAUAGCGAUGAAGAAGAAGGCUCUGAAGAAGGCUCUGGUUCAGGCCCUUCCGAAGCGGCUGAGAAUGAAAGCAGCACUGACGGUCCCUUUUCGGGAUCACAAGAAAAUGGUACAAUAGUUGUAGCUACUGCCGUUGCUUCUGUUUCGGAUUCACCUGAAGAGGAAAGUACAACCGUUUCUAGUUCCGAAUCACCUGUGGAUGAAAGUACUACUGAGGUUUCUUCUGAAACACCAGCUGAUUCCAGCUCCGAAGCACCGCUUCUAGUUCUACUGAGGAUGAUACUCCGAAGCACCGCUUCUAGUUCUACUGAGGAUGAUAGUACGACAGCUUCAAGUUCCGAAUCACCUGCGGAUGAAAGUACUACUGAGGUUUCUUCUGAAACACCAGCUGAAUCCAGUUCCGAAGCAUCCGCUUCUAGUUCUACUGAGGAUGAUAGUACGACAGCUUCAAGUUCCGAAUCACCUGCGGAUGAGAGUACUACUGAGGUUUCUUCUGAAACAACAGCUGAAUCCAGUUCCGAAGCAUCCGCUUCUAGUUCUACUGAGGAUGAUAGUACGAUAGCUUCUAGUUCCGAAUCAACUGUGGAUGAAAGUUCUACUGAGGUUUCUUCUGAAACACCAGCUGACUCAAGCUCCGAAGCAUCCGCUUCUAGUUCUACUGAGGAUGACAGUUCGACAGCUUCAAGUUCCGAAUCACCUGUGGAUGAAA